UCGAGGGAGUAGGCCGGGCACGCCACACCUUGGCGCUCGUGCCCACCUCCUGCUCCCUCUUUCCUCCCGCGGCCGCAGCGGAGUCUGGGGAGAGCAGCCUGGGCGCGAAGCAGUGGGUCCGGGAGCAGCAGGUGGGACCCUGGCCGGCAAAGAUCUUUAACAGUCUUGGUUCCCUCCUGGAGAGGUACCCAGUGUGGAACCUGAUGUUUGCUUAUCUUGGGAGCUGUGAGGCAUUGCUUAUCUUGAAGAUCAGCUGACCAGCGAAGCCACCAUGUCGGUGAGGCCUUUUGAAAGUCCACCUCCUUAUCGACCUGAUGAAUUCAAACCCAAUCAUUAUGCACCAAGCAAUGACAUAUAUGGUGGAGAAAUGCAUGUUCGACCAAUGCUGUCUCAGCCGGCGUAUUCUUUUUAUCCAGAAGAUGAAAUUCUUCACUUCUACAAAUGGACAUCACCUCCAGGAGUGAUUCGGAUUCUGUCUAUGAUGAUUAUUGUGAUGUGCAUCGCUAUCUUUGCCUGUGUUGCUUCCACACUUGCGUGGGACAGAGGCUAUGGAACCGGCAUCUUAGGAGGUGGCCUAGGCUACCCUUAUGUAGGAAGUGGCUUUGGUAGCUAUGGAAGUGGUUAUGGCUAUGGUUAUGGCUACGGUUAUGGCUAUGGAGGAGGGUAUACAGAUCCAAGAGCAGCAAAGGGUUUCAUGUUGGCCAUGGCAGCCUUUUGUUUCAUUGCUUCCCUGGUGAUAUUUGUUACCAGUGUAGUAAGAUCUGGAAUGUCCAGGACAAGAAGAUAUUACUUGACUGUGAUCAUAGUAAGUGCCAUCCUGGGCAUCAUGGUGUUCAUUGCUACAAUUGUGUAUAUAAUGGGAGUCAACCCAACUGCCCAGUCCUCUGGAUCGAUAUACGGUUCACAAAUAUAUGCCCUCUGCAACCAGUUUUAUACUCCUGCUGCUACUGGACUCUACGUGGAUCAAUAUUUGUAUCACUACUGUGUGGUGGAUCCUCAGGAGGCUAUUGCCAUUGUCCUGGGAUUCAUGAUUAUUGUAGCUUUUGCUUUAAUCAUUUUUUUUGCUGUGAAAACCCGAAGAAAGAUGGACCGGUAUGAUAAGUCCAAUAUUUUGUGGGAUAAGGAACAUAUUUAUGAUGAGCAGUCCCCCAAUGUUGAAGAGUGGGUUAAAAAUGUGUCUGCAGGCACACCAGACAUGCCUCCACCCCCAUCCGACUAUGUGGAGGGUGUUGACAAUGCCUUGGCUUACUCCUCUAAUGGCAAAGUGAAUGGCAAGCGUUCAUAUCCAGAAUCUUCCUAUAAGUCAACACCACUGGUGCCUGAAGUGGCUCAGGAGCUUCCUCUAACUUCGCCUGUGGAUGACUUCAGACAGCCUCGUUAUGGCAGCAGUGGUAACUUAGAGACACUUUCAAAAAGGGCUCCCACGAAGGGAAGAGUAGGAAAGUCAAAGAGAGCAGAGCCAGAUUACUACGAAACAGACUACACUACAGGGGGCGAGUCCUGCGACGAGCUGGAGGAGGACUGGAUCAGGGAAUAUCCACCUAUCACUUCAGAUCAACAAAGACAACUCUACAAGAGAAAUUUUGAUACAGGACUGCAGGAAUACAAGAGUUUACAAGCAGAACUUGAUGAGGUCAACAAAGAGCUCUCUCGUCUGGAUAAAGAAUUGGAUGAUUACAGAGAAGAAAGCGAAGAGUACAUGGCUGCCGCUGAUGAAUACAAUAGGCUAAAGCAAGUUAAGGGAUCUUCAGAUUACAAAAAUAAGAGGAAUUAUUGCAAGCAGUUGAAGAGUAAAUUAUCACACAUCAAGAGAAUGGUUGGAGAUUAUGAUAGACGGAAGACAUAAGGCAGUGUCAGUUGCCUGAGAAUGAAGGCUUAUCUGUCUGAUGUCUCUGCAAUUCUCUCCAGAGGCAAAGUGACUUUGGACUCUAAUGUUGGAAGUUAAAACUUUGAUCAUUACAAAGUUUCGGUAGCAUUAAUACCAUCAAUUUCAUAUCAUCAGUAUUGAAGCAUUUUAUAAAUAGCUUUUGAUAAUCAACUGGGCUUGAACACUCCAAUUAAGGAUUUUAUAUUUUAAACAUUGGUUCUUGUAUUAAAAAU